AUGAACCGUACUUGGACAUACAACCUGAGCUUUGGUGCAGCUACAGAUCCCAUUGAGCCAAGGGCUGGACUCUCACGAAAUGGGCACACAAUAGUGGCUGUUUUUCUUGGAUUUAUCUUGUUUUUUGGUUUCUUGAAUAACUUGAUUGUCCUCAUCCUCUUCUGCAAGUUCAAAACCCUCCGUAACCCAGUCAACAUGCUCCUCCUGAACAUCAGUAUCAGCGACAUGUUAGUGUGCGUCUCAGGCACUACCCUCAGUUUUGCAUCUAACAUCCACUGCAAAUGGAUUGGAGGGGAGCAUGGUUGUCGGUGGUACGGCUUUGUCAAUUCCUGCUUUGGCAUUGUGUCCCUGAUCUCCUUGGCUGUCCUGUCCUAUGAACGCUACAGCACUCUCACUCUGUGCACCAAGCGCAGUGCUGACUACCGGAAAGCAUUGCUGGCAGUCGGCGGUUCAUGGAUUUAUUCCCUGAUCUGGACUGUGCCACCUCUGAUCGGUUGGAGCAGCUACGGGGUAGAAGGUGCAGGUACGAGCUGUUCGGUACGCUGGUCCUCGGAGUCAGCUGAGUCCACAUCCUAUAUCAUCUGUCUCUUCAUAUUCUGCUUGGUCAUCCCGGUGAUGGUCAUGAUGUACUGCUACGGUCGCCUCCUUUACGCUGUUAAACAGGUAAGCAGCUGUGUGCUAUCAAUAGUGCAAACUGCUCUGAGGCCCAUGUUGCGUGAUAGGCACAGCACAAUGACAGAGAUGAUAGACAGAGAGCACAACGAAAAAGCACAAUGA